AUGGAUCAGAACAACAACCUCCCACCUUAUGCCCAGGGCCUGGCCUUCCCUCAGGGUACCAUGACUCCUAGAAUCCCUAUCUUUAGUCUAAUGAUGCCUUAUGGCACAGGACUGACUCCACAGCCUAUUCAGAACACCAAUAGUCUGUCUUUAUUGGAAGAGCAGCGAAGACAGCAGCAGCAGCAGCAGCAGGCGGCAGUGGCAGCCAUUCAGCAGUCGACGUCCCAGCAGGCAACCCAGGGAGCCUCGGGCCAGACACCACAGCUUUUCCACUCACAAACUUUAACGACCGCACCCUUGCCGGGCACCACUCCCCUGUAUCCCUCCCCCAUGACCCCCAUUACUACCCCUGCCACGCCAGCCUCAGAGAGCUCUGGGAUUGUGCCGCAGCUGCAAAAUAUUGUAUCCACAGUGAAUCUUGGUUGUAAACUUGACCUAAAGACCACUGUACUUCAUGCAGGGAAUGCUGAAUAUAAUCCCAAACGGUUUGCUGCUGUAAUUAUGAGAAUAAGAGAGCCCCAGGCCACUGCACUGAUAUUCAGUUCUGGGAAGAUGGCGUGCACAGGAGCCAAGAGUGAAGAACAGUCCAGACUAGCAGCAAGAAAAUAUGCCAGGGUUGUACAGAAGUUGGGUGUUCUAGCUAAGUUCUUGGACUUCAAGAUUCAGGACAUGGUGGGGAGCAGUGAUGUGAAAUUCCCUAUAAGGUUAGAAGAUUUUGUGCUUACCCACCAACAGUUCAGUAGUUAUGAGCCAGAGUUAUUUCCUGGUUUAAUCUACAGAAUGAUCAAACCGAGAAUUGUUCUCCUUAUUUUUGUUUCUGGACAAGUUAUAUUAACAGGUGCUAAAGUCAGAGCAGAAAUUUAUGAAGCCUUUGAGAACAUCUACCCUAUUCUAAAGGGUUUCAGGAAGACAACGUAAUGGCUGUCAUCUAUUCCUGUCUCCCCCAUCCACUUG